AUGAGACGCACUACUGGUAUUUACACGCUCCUGUUCGUUGCGUCCGUAGGGGCGAGCUAUGCUCAGCCCGAGCUCCUCAAAAGAGAUGUGUCUACCGUCUGCGAGGAGAUUGCUGCUGCAAUCUCGUCCGAGUCUGCUGUCUACUAUGCCGCGACUCUGCAGUACACUGCUGCCAACUUCCAUUGGAUGUCCUCGAGCACUCAAUCUUCAACGUGCUCAGUCGAGCCAGGGAAUGCUGAGGACGUCGGCGCUGUGCUGAAAAUAUUGGGCGAGAACCAGACACCAUUUGCGGUCAAGGGAGGCGGACAUACGGCCAACCCAGGCUUUUCCUCGUCACCCGGAGUCGAGAUUGCGAUGUCGCGCUUUUCGGGCGUGACAUACGAUGUUUCGACCGGCAUCGCGAGUAUCGGGGCAGGGAACAUCUGGGAUGACGUUUACUCUGCUCUGGAGCCCUACUCCGUGAAUGUGGUAGGUGGGCGUGUGAGCGGCGUCGGUGUAGCGGGGUUCACUCUCGGUGGAGGUUUCUCGUUCAAGACGAAUGAGUAUGGUCUGACCAUAGAUACGGUCAGAGGGUUUGAUUUGGUCUUGCCGAAUGGCACAGCUACGUAUGUGAGCGAAUCCACGAACCCCGAUCUGUUCUUCGCUCUGAAGGGUGGCUUCAACAACUUCGGCGUUGUCACGAACUUCUACAUGGAAGCUCACACCCAAAGUGAAGUUUGGGGUGGUGCUAUUCUGAUCUCGGGGGCACCGGACGAAGUCGUAGUAGCCACCCAGAACUUCUACGACAACGUCACAGACCCCAAGGCUUCCCUGCUUACCACUAUCAACAACGAGAUUGGCUUACCGGUUACCGAGCUCACGUUGUUCUACAACGCACCGACUCCGCCGGAUGGCAUGUUCGACGAGUUCCUGGCUAUUCCAGCAUUCUCCACGGACAUUUCGACGCGGUCGUACUUGUCUCUCGUUACAGCGACGCCCGAUAAUGCGACGCAAUCACAGCGCGGCUACUUCCACACGGUGUCUCUCUUCAACUUGACUGUCCCACUGCUUAACGCUAUCGUCAACGAGACAAGUUUCUGGGCGAAAGAGCUAGCUCUGGAUAUUCCUGGCCUAUUCGUCAGCUACGAUAUCGAGCCCUUCCUUCCGACCUAUUUGUCAUACGGAUCCGACACCGCCUGGCCUCCGAGCCGAGCAACAGCGUUGCUACCCCUCAACAUCUACUACUCGUGGUACUACGAGGAGAGCGAUGCCCGUGCCAAUGAAGUCAUGGUCCAGAGUGCCGAAUACCUGACCCAGUUUGCGGUCUCACAGGGCCAAGACGUAGCGGAUGUGUCACUAUAUCCGAAUUACGCUAUCUGGAACACCACGGUAGAACGCAUAUACGGCGGCAACUUAGCGAGGCUGCAGAGCAUCAAGGCGGAAUACGAUCCCAACAAUGUCAUGGCACUAGCUGGUGGAUGGAAGUUUUAG